GGAAGAGACGGCCAUCAUGGUUGCCCAUCCAAUAAAUUUUCGAGAUCUCGAUAUUUACCAGGCGGUUUCAAUACUUGGUUAGCUUAAAGCUUAAGCUUCUUGUCUCCUGGAACGAGUCCUUUCUUUCUUGCUUCUCUCCUCCUUGACCUUUGCGACAUCAUCGCUGGCUUUCAUCCCGACAGAACCGCGGUCGACUUCUAGAAAUUUGUUCAAUGUGCUUUCUCCUACUAUGAGCAAAACCCAGGUCAAGGACGUCCAGGACGAGCUUUUGAAGAAACGUAAAUGCAGACGACGUCCAGGAGAUGUCAUAUACCCUUUGGAAUAUACCAACGAGAUGGUGAAUUUUGAUAACUGGGAUCAUCUAUUUUUCACCAAGUGUUGCAGGAGUCUCACGAUGCACCAGUUCGAUACCCCCCCACUUUCAGUCUUAGAUUUGGGAUGUGGUCGUGGUUUGUGGGCAAUUGAAGCCGCGAAGCAAUGGAAGGAAAGCUUCAUAGUUGGAUUCGACAUCAAACCCAAACAGCCCAAGCUCAGUAUUCUGGAUCCAUGUAUUGCUCGAAGGUUGGAGUGGGUCGUUGGUAACUUCCUCGACCCUUUGCCGUUUACAGCGGGCCAGUUCGAUUUAGUGAGGAUGGUCCGUUUAGGCCUUCAUAUUCCCGAGGACGAAUGGCCCUAUGUCUUAGAGGAAGUCACACGCGUUCUGAAGCCAGGUGGCGUGCUAGAGAUGGUCGAAGAAGAUCUUAUUUUCCCGUGCCAGAGAAUUGAUUCUACAAUAACAUUUUCUUCCAGCGGUCCCUCUUCCAUUAAAAGUUCAGCUAGAAGCUCUAAAACUGAUGUGACCGUCGUCUCCGAGUCGUAUCAAAAGCCGGAGUCUUCCAACAAUGUACUCAAUUCGAAGAGUGGUAGCGCGGAUACGUUUCCGUCUUCUUCAGCUUCACCUUCCACCGCAUCUCUCGCCGAAACGAUCCCCGAGGAACAAGGGCCAGUCCAACCGGCUCCUGAUCUGCGGGACCACUCUAGACUGAAACAGGCAUGGGAAGACAUGCUCGACAGCCGCUUUCUUGCUUCGCAGUUGCUUGCAGUUUUGCCUUUCUAUCUAAACUCGUCGUUUACUGAAAUUCGAUCACGACCACCUCUCCAAUUUCCAUUACCGUCGAACUCUCCUCUCACAAAGGACGCCCGACCACCAUGGAGAGGACAAGACCUACUAGAUCCAGAUUCGCUUUUCGUCCGGGUGUCUUCUCAUGGAAGACCUUCGGGUGGCACCAACAGUAACGACGACGACAAUGUUUCAAUACACACCAAAAAAUCCUCGCAAAGAGCGAUACCAUCAUCGGUGUCCAUGCAUCUCGCCCGUACGGUGCGCACUAUUAUUGGAUGUAAGGAUUCCAUAUGGGAAGCCUACGAGAGACUUUUCGGCAACGACCCAAACAUGCCACGCAUUAUGAGGACCUCGAGACUGAGGGACAUUAAGAAUAGGAUAGAUUUCAUCAGCGGCGAAGAUUUAGAACCGUCUAUAAAUUCGACGCGCGCUUACUUUGAACGGGAUUGGCAGAACUGGGAGAACGACAUGACCGACCGUAUUGGUAUACGAGGGAGCAUAACCUCGGAGCUUUUGUGGGCCGAGCCAUUAGGGAAGCCUCCAGAUAUGCGCGUAUGGCGAAAGUCGUUACCUCCACAUGCGGGGAGCCCGAUACUCGAGGUGGAGACAAAACCAGCCGACCUCUGCAGAAGCCUGCGAGGUUUUGUGUGUUGGAAACCUUUUAACAACGACAGUGUCGACACAUUGGUGGGUGGAGGAAGCGUAGUCACGAUCCCCGAUCUCGAUGCCUGCAAAAUUAAAGGGAAGUGAAGACGGCUUUCGUUAUUCAAAGCAUCGAGAUCUUUGGCUGCGACAUUACGGUCGAUCGCUUUCACGUUCUGGGAGUUGGACCAUUAUUCUUUCUCUAUACUAGUCGAGCACCAUUUAUGACUCUUUCAGUCUUGCUUUCAGUGGUAUAUAUCUGCGUCGCAUCUGUAUUUUACUCAAAUGCUUUGAAAACCUGGAUUGGCUGUUUUGACUGG